UUUACAGUGAACCAGCGAUGAUGGAGGAACUGUACACUGGAUAUCUGCUCAAGUCCCCCCCUCUAACAGCCCUGACUAAAGGCAUUAAAUCAUGGAAGCGCCGUCUCUUUGUGCUCUGCAAAACACGUGAAGACUCCUACCAUCUGACAUAUCAUGCAAACAACGAAACAAAAGAGAUCGACCUUUCUAAGAUCAGCCAGCUGUUUAUUGGCCCUGAGGCACAUCAGAAGUGGGACUGGAUCCAGAAACAUUUCAAGUGUUCUCCAUCCAGUGUGUUGUUCUUGAAAGUGGAAGACGACACACCAAAACACUCUAGAGACUAUUUCCUAAUUGGAGAAAACAGUGAUGAUGUGGAUGGUUGGCUCAAUGCCAUAGUCAAGGUAAUGAAGAUCCAGAGAUCAGGAAAUACCCUUCAGGACAACAGAUUUAGAUCAGCAUCUGAACCUGUGAAGAGUUCUGAACCAAAGGUUGACUAUCAGCCUAAUGACAGACGGUCAGCACCUGAAUUAAUGUUAACUUACCUGUCACCGUCCAGCCAUUAUGACUAUCCACGCAAACUCAGCGAACCUCCAGUACCAAUAACACCCAAGAUUCCAGUUAUUGAACAUAAAGAUGAGAAGGAUGAGAUGCAGGAUGAAUCUGCAGAGGACAGCAGUGAAUACAUGUGCAUGGCAUCAUUCACUUCUAUUAAUGGUCACGAGUCCUCUGUGUGCAGUGGUGCAGUCAACCAGGAUGAGGACGAUAAAAAUAAAUGUGAAACAAGCAUACACAUUGAGAAGGAGAUCUGCGUUAGUCAAAAUGAUCUGAAAAACAGUGUGAUCUUGACUCAGGCAGAGGGCAAACCAUGUGUCUCUGACUGUCAGAUGAUGCAGAACUUGUGUCUCUUCCAUAAGGGGGAUCAGAUCCUGGCCUUCAAUGACCUGCUGAUAGACACAGUAGAAGAGAUACAGAUGUACUUGAGAAGACUAAGCAAGAAUGAGGUAAAACUCACUAUUCGGCGGCUUAUAGGAUCCCAGCCUCUGCACUCUGAACCCUGCUCACAUAAUGAGGACAUGAAACAAAAUCACAUGUGAUUCAUAUCAC